AUGUCGCCCUUCUGGGUUCUUGCAGCCUUGAGCCAUUUGCUCGGAGUCCAGGGACAGAGCCUGCGCGGGACUUUGCACAAGUCUGCGGCUGAUCCGGAAGAGACCGCCACAGUCUUCGACCCGGCAAAUGAGUCGUGGGCCGUGCAGAACCUGAUCUCUUGCCGCUAUGGCGUGAUCUGCCACGGCACGGAGGUUUGGAGGGAUGGCAAGCGCACAUGUGAGGGCACACUUGCAUGCCAGACAGAAGGUGCUGAAGAUGCAAGCUCGGGAGGGGGCAAUGGUGCAUCGGAGAUGAAAGACGGUGCCAACACCACGACUGCAGUUGCAAACCUUUUGGUGUGCCGCUACGGCUCUUACUGUCGAGGUGGCUGGUGGUACCACUAUGGGCGCAGGGAGUGCAGGGGCGGAAUCGUUUGUCGACAUGGCCCAUACUAUGCCAGCUCUGAAACCAGUGAUGCUGCGCUGCUCAGCAAAGAUUCCGAGGCCGGUGACGGUCAAGACAGUGCCAUGGCGGUACUGAGUCCUGUGGAGCCCACGUAUGAUCCCGUGAACGAGUCGCAUGGCUUCAGCAACUUGAUUUCAUGCCGCUUCGGAGUUGUUUGCCGCGGCACGUGGUUGUGGAUCAACGGCGUCCGCAAGUGCAGCGGAGCUCUUGUGUGCAAGUCCGGUUUCAAGGAGGUCAUGAACGUUGGUUCGGAGGUCGAUGCCUCCGACACCGGAUCAAACUUCACCACAAUGAUGCAGGACAGCAGCAACACCACGACUGCAGUUGCAAACCUUUUGGUGUGCCGCUACGGCUCUUACUGUCGAGGUGGCUGGUGGUACCACUAUGGGCGCAGGGAGUGCAGGGGCGGAAUCGUUUGUCGACAUGGCCCAUACUAUGCCAGCUCUGAAACCAGUGAUUCUGCGCUGCUCAGCAAAGAUUCCGAGGCCGGUGACGGUCAAGACAGUGCCAUGGCGGUACUGAGUCCUGUGGAGCCCACGUAUGAUCCCGUGAACGAAUCGCAUGGCUUCAGCAACUUGAUUUCAUGCCGCUUCGGAGUUGUUUGCCGCGGCACGUGGUUGUGGAUCAACGGCGUCCGCAAGUGCAGCGGAGCUCUUGUGUGCAAGUCCGGUUUCAAGGAGGUCAUGAACGUUGGUUCAGAGGUCGAUGCCUCCGACACCGGAUCAAACUUCACCACAAUGAUGCAGGACAGCAGCAACACCACGACUGCAGUUGCAAACCUUUUGAUGUGCCGCUACGGGUCUUACUGUCGAGGUGGCUGGUGGUACCACUAUGGGCACAGGGAGUGCAGGGGCGGAAUCGUUUGUCGACAUGGCCCAUACUAUGCCAGCUCUGAAACCAGUGAUUCUGCGCUGCUCAGCAAAGAUUCCGAGGCCGGUGAGGGUCAAGACAGUGCCAUGGCGGUACUGAGUCCUGUGGAGCCCACGUAUGAUCCCGUGAACGAGUCGCAUGGCUUCAGCAACUUGAUUUCAUGCCGCUUCGGAGUUGUUUGCCGCGGCACGUGGUUGUGGAUCAACGGCGUCCGCAAGUGCAGCGGAGCUCUUGUGUGCAAGUCCGGUUUCAAGGAGGUCAUGAACGUUGGUUCGGAGGUCGAUGCCUCCGACACCGGAUCAAACUUCACCACAAUGAUGCAGGACAGCAGCAACACCACGACUGCAGUUGCAAACCUUUUGGUGUGCCGCUACGGCUCUUACUGUCGAGGUGGCUGGUGGUACCACUAUGGGCGCAGGGAGUGCAGGGGCGGAAUCGUUUGUCGACAUGGCCCAUACUAUGCCAGCUCUGAAACCAGUGAUUCUGCGCUGCUCAGCAAAGAUUCCGAGGCCGGUGACGGUCAAGACAGUGCCAUGGCGGUACUGAGUCCUGUGGAGCCCACGUAUGAUCCCGUGAACGAAUCGCAUGGCUUCAGCAACUUGAUUUCAUGCCGCUUCGGAGUUGUUUGCCGCGGCACGUGGUUGUGGAUCGACGGCGUCCGCAAGUGCAGCGGAGCUCUUCUGUGCAAGUCCGGUUUCAAGGAGGUCAUGAACGUUGGUUCAGAGGUCGAUGCCUCCGACACCGGAUCAAACUUCACCACAAUGAUGCAGGACAGCAGCAACACCACGACUGCAGUUGCAAACUUUUUGAUGUGCCGCUACGGGUCUUACUGUCGAGGUCGCUGGUGGUACCACUAUGGGCACAGGGAGUGCAGGGGCGGAAUCGUUUGUCGACAUGGCCCAUACUAUGCCAGCUCUGAAACCAGUGAUUCUGCGCUGCUCAGCAAAGAUUCCGAGGCCGGUGACGGUCAAGACAGUGCCAUGGCGGUACUGAGUCCUGUGGAGCCCACGUAUGAUCCCGUGAACGAGUCGCAUGGCUUGAGCAACUUGAUUUCAUGCCGCUUCGGAGUUGUUUGCCGCGGCACGUGGUUGUGGAUCAACGGCGUCCGCAAGUGCAGCGGAGCUCUUGUGUGCAAGUCCGGUUUCAAGGAGGUCAUGAACGUUGGUUCAGAGGUCGAUGCCUCCGACACCGGAUCAAACUUCACCACAAUGAUGCAGGACAGCAGCAACACCACGACUGCAGUUGCAAACCUUUUGGUGUGCCGCUACGGCUCUUACUGUCGAGGUGGCUGGUGGUACCACUAUGGGCGCAGGGAGUGCAGGGGCGGAAUCGUUUGCCGACAUGGCCCAUACUAUGCCAGCUCUGAAACCAGUGAUUCUGCGCUGCUCAGCAAAGAUUCCGAGGCCGGUGACGGUCAAGACAGUGCCAUGGCGGUACUGAGUCCUGUGGAGCCCACGUAUGAUCCCGUGAACGAGUCGCAUGGCUUCAGCAACUUGAUUUCAUGCCGCUUCGGAGUUGUUUGCCGCGGCACGUGGUUGUGGAUCGACGGCGUCCGCAAGUGCAGCGGAGCUCUUGUGUGCAAGUCCGGUUUCAAGGAGGUCAUGAACGUUGGUUCAGAGGUCGAUGCCUCCGGCACUGGAUCAAACUUCACCACAAUGAUGCAGGACAGCAGCAACACCACGACUGCAGUUGCAAACCUUUUGGUGUGCCGCUACGGGUCUUACUGUCGAGGUGGCUGGUGGUACCACUAUGGGCGCAGGGAGUGCAGGGGCGGAAUCGUUUGUCGACAUGGCCCAUACUAUGCCAGCUCUGAAACCAGUGAUGCUGCGCUGCUCAGCAAAGAUUCCGAGGCCGGUGACGGUCAAGACAGUGCCAUGGCGGUACUGAGUCCUGUGGAGCCCACGUAUGAUCCCGUGAACGAGUCGCAUGGCUUCAGCAACUUGAUUUCAUGCCGCUUCGGAGUUGUUUGCCGCGGCACGUGGUUGUGGAUCAACGGCGUCCGCAAGUGCAGCGGAGCUCUUGUGUGCAAGUCCGGUUUCAAGGAGGUCAUGAACGUUGGUUCAGAGGUCGAUGCCUCCGGCACUGGAUCAAACUUCACCACAAUGAUGCAGGACAGCAGCAACACCACGACUGCAGUUGCAAACCUUUUGGUGUGCCGCUACGGCUCUUACUGUCGAGGUGGCUGGUGGUACCACUAUGGGCGCAGGGAGUGCAGGGGCGGAAUCGUUUGUCGACAUGGCCCAUACUAUGCCAGCGCUGAGGAAAGCCGCCCCCUGAGCAGGGCAGCUCCACUUCUAAGUCCGGGCUCCGUCCGGCGAUAG